AUGGAAAAUUUGGAUAGUUGGAGAUUUGUAGAAGCAUUGGGUCGAUUGGGUAGUUUUGAAUCUGAAGAAAAAAAAGAAAAUCAGAAAUGGGGAAAUGGUCAUUUAUAUAUUUAUUUCUAG